AUGCGUUUCUUCGGUGGUGUUAUCGCGACCUUCGUCGUCUGCUCCUCUUUGGCGGAGGCCUUCUGCCACAACUCGAUCUCUUGCGGGCUUGGAGGUGAUGAUACUUGCAGCAAGACCUGUGUGCGAGAGGGCAACCCUAGCGGCGGUCGCUGUCUCCCGCGUGAUGGCUGCCCUGGCUAUACCAUUUGCGCCUGCUACCCCAGAAGCAAGCGCGGCGAUGAGGUGAUCGAUGGCGAUGUUGGCCUCCGCAACGUCCUGAAAGACUAUGGUAUAGAGGAGGAGGCCGAUAAGGGAAUCAAGGAAGCGUUGAAUGCAAGAGACAUGGAGAAGCGCAGCAUUACCUGCAGCUUCCCCAAUCCUUGGGGCGGACUUUUCUGCGAAGACCACUGCUCCUACAUCGGAAAGCCCGGUGGCCAGUGCAAGGAUGGAGUCUGUACUUGCAACUAA